CAUCAUGGCUUCCUCCGUUAUUCGACAGUUCUGCAUCGGGCAAGUAAACAAGACAUUACUGAAGAAUAUCUUACGAGAUUGCUUGUAUCAACAAAGUCGAUGCCUGAGUUUAUCAGCUUGCCGAGCAGCUCAACCUGUAGCACAGAAAAAAACGUUCACAAGGGACAAACCACAUGUCAACAUCGGCACAAUAGGCCAUGUGGACCACGGCAAAACAACCCUGACAGCUGCUAUCACAAAAGUUCUAGCCAGUGAAAAGAAAGCUAACUUUAAGGAGUAUGCUGAGAUUGACAAUGCUCCAGAGGAGAGAGCGCGCGGAAUCACGAUCAAUGCUGCCAUUGUGGAGUACUCAACGGAAAACAGACACUACGGUCACGUGGAUUGCCCAGGGCAUGCUGAUUAUAUCAAGAACAUGAUCACAGGAACAACCCAGAUGGAGGGAGCUAUCUUGGUCGUUGCGGCUACUGACGGUGCCAUGCCUCAGACGAGGGAACACAUUCUGCUUGCCAAACAGAUUGGGAUCUCAAGCCUGGUGGUGUUCGUAAACAAGGCAGAUGCCGCAGACAAGGAAAUGUUGGAGCUAGUGGAGAUGGAAAUCCGAGAGUUGCUGACAGAGUUUGGGUUCGAUGGUGAUAAUACACCCAUUAUAAUCGGCUCCGCCUUAAAUGCCUUAGAGGAUAAAACCCCAGAACUAGGCGUGGAGAAGAUUAGGGAGCUUUUGGCCGCUGUUGACACUCACAUCCCCACCCCGGUCAGAGAGCUGGACAAGCCCUUCUACCUGCCGAUAGAGGGCGUCUGCAGCAUUCCAGGGAGGGGGACAGUAGUCACAGGUAAACUGGAGCGUGGCAUCCUGAAGAAAGGAGACGAAUGUGAAAUUCUGGGCCACAACAAAUCCCUAAAAUCCAUAGUCACUGGUGUGGAGAUGUUCCAUCAGCUGCUGGAGAGAGCGGAGGCUGGGGAUCAGUUGGGGGCUCUCCUGAGGAACAUCAAGAGAGAUCAGGUCAGGAGAGGGAUGGUUGUGACCAAGGCGGGGUCUGCGAGUAUGCACAACAAGAUAGAGGCACAGGUGUAUUUCUUGAACAAGGAUGAGGGAGGGCGCUCUAAGCCCAUGGUGCCUCACUUCCAGACACAGGUGUACAGCCUCACCUGGGAUUGCCCAGCCUUCAUUGAAAUCCCUGAUAAAGACAUGGUCAUGCCUGGAGAAGAUGCUAAAAUUUUAUUCAAUUUGAAGAAGAAAAUGGUGUUAGAGAAGGGCCAAAGGUUUACCAUGCGUGAUGGAGCUGGCACUUUGGGGUACGGGGUCGUGACCUCAGUUCUCCCGGACAUCGACAUGGCUGAGUACGAGGAGGAUAUCAGGAAAAAGAAGAAAGCUGCGAUUAAAGAAGCGGAAAGCUGAGAAUAUUCCUGUGCAAACAGAAAGGUGUUUUACGAUGGGGCAGUGAUGCUUUGUGCAGGGGAAACUACAUAUAUGUAUGCUAGGGCUGCUUAGUUCUUCAGUAUAGGAACUGGGAUGGUUGUGUUCCCAGGUACAAAUAUUUCCCCUGCUUUAUAAGACUGCGCCCUCGUGGAUGUAAAAAAAUAACAGACGUGGACAAACGCAGGUGUGAAGGAUUCACCUGUUCAGGAUGUACACCUGUGCAUUUUGUGUGUGUCUCAUUAUGAUGGGGAAUUUACCUCAGGUGUGUUUCUUACCUGUGCUAUUCUUUAGGAUCAUCUGCAGUGUGUUUAGAAAGUACAUGAAAAAUACGGGAGCUAUCAGCAUGGAUGAUUUGGAAAAGAAUAAUAUAAUACAUCAGUCUGCUCACUGAUGGGAGCGCAUUCUUUUGUAGGUCAACCGACACCAUUUAUUUUGCUAUAAGUGAGAAUUAAAAAAUAUUAGAAUGUA